AUGAAGGCGUCCGGGUAUCUGCUCUCAGGGUGCUACCUGAUAGCCGCAGUCGCAUCCACCGCCAUCCCCUCCUCGGCCCAAGGGGGACCUAUACAUGUUGAGGCGCGACAGACGGACAAGAUCCUCGCGAGCUACGACUAUGUCAUCGUCGGCUCUGGACCUGGCGGCGCUCCCCUGGCCUCCCGUCUCGCCAUCGCGGGCAAGAAGGUUCUCUUGCUCGAGGCCGGCGACGACCACGGCCUGUCCAUUCCUUACCAAGUCCCCGCCCUCAACCUGCAGUCGACCGAGUACGGCCCCAUGCGAUGGGACUACUACGUCAACCACUACAGCAGCCUCGAGGCCCAGAAGAAGGACUCAAAGAUGACGUACCGUGACAGCAACGGCAACCUGUAUGUCGGUCUGAACCCUGCCGCGAACGCGCAGCCCCUCGGAGUCCUUUACCCGAGAGCCGGCGCCCUCGGCGGCUGCGCGGCCCACAACGCCCUCAUCACCGUCUACCCCCACGCCAGCGACUGGAACCGCAUCGCGGCCCUGACGGGCGAUUCCUCAUGGAGCGCCACCAAAAUGCGCGAGUACUUCAAGCGCCUCGAAAGCGCCAGGUACAUCCCCAACGGCAUCAUCGGCCACGGCUUCGACGGCUGGCUCACCACCAGCGUUACCGACCUGGGCCUCGUCAUCAAGGACCUAAAGCUCCUUACCGUUAUCAUUUCGGCCGCCUCGGCCAUGGGUAAAGGCUUUCUUGGCCUCAUUUUGUCCACUAUCGCCGGCCUCGGCCAGGUUCUUUUGAGCGAUGUCAACGCCGGUACCCCCGGUCGCGACGCGGCCGAGGGCCUUUACCAGGUCCCCAUUACCGUCAAGGACGGCGUCCGCGUGGGGCCCCGUGAAUUCGUCCUCGCCACCGCCAACGCCAAGAACCCGGACGGCUCGCGCAAAUACCACCUCGACAUCAAGCUCAACACGCUCGUUACCAAGGUCCGUUUCGACCGCUCUGGCGCCACCCCGCGCGCUGUCGGCGUCGACUUCGUCUCGGGCAAGAGCCUGUACAAGGCCGACCCCCGCGCAGGCAGCUCCGCGUCCUCCUCGACCGCGGGCUCCGUCGCCGCGUCGGCCGAGGUGAUCAUCGCCGCCGGCGCCUUCAACACGCCCCAGCUGCUCAAGCUCAGCGGCGUCGGCCCCCGCGCCGAGCUCGAGUCGUUCGGCAUCGACGUCGUCCUCGACCUGCCCGGCGUCGGCACCAACCUGCAGGACCGCUACGAGACCACCGUCAUCGGCGAAACCAAGGACGAUUUCGAAAUCAUCGCCGGCUGCACCUUCGGCCGCGGCAACGACCCCUGCCUGGCCAAGUGGCAGUCCGGCUCCGACCGCGGCAUCUACGCCUCCAACGGCAUCUCCAUCGGCAUCGUCAAAAAGUCCGCCACCGCCAACACGGCCGACCCGGACCUGUUCAUCGCCGGCGCCCCCGUCGCCUUCCGCGGCUACUUCCCCGGCUACGCGGCCGACGCGACCGCCGACCGCAAGCACUGGUCCUGGAUCACCCUCAAGGCGCACCCGGGCAACAAGGCCGGGACCGUCCGCCUCCGCUCCGCCGACCCGACCGACGUGCCCGUCAUCGACUUCAACUCCUUUUCCCAGGGCGCCGACGCCGACCGCAAGGCCGUCGUCGAGGGCAUGAAGCUGUCCCGCAAGAUGUUCCGCGACGUCAUCCCCAUCGCCGGCGGCUUCACCGAGGUCUGGCCGGGCCCCAACGUCACCGACGCCGGCCUGGACCAGUGGGUCACCAACGAGGCCUGGGGCCACCACGCCAGCUGCACGUGCCCCAUCGGCAAGGACGGCGACCCCAUGGCCGUGUUGGAUUCCAAGUUCAGGGUGCGCGGCGCCGAGGGGCUGAGGGUGGUGGAUGCGUCCGUCUUCCCCGAUAUCCCGGGCUUCUACAUUGCCGUGCCCAUCUACAUGAUCAGUGAGAAGGCUGCCGAUGUCAUUCUCGGGAAGUAA